AUGCUUAAAGAUAACUUCAUCAAGCUUGCACAGCAAGAAAAGAAAAUUUUAAAUCAAAUCAAAGCUAAGAAGUCGAAUUGUGUUGUAAAUUAUUACCACUUAGAAGAAGAUACCGGAACUGAAUAUGUAUAUUUGAUACUCGACCUAUGUGAAGAAUCUCUAGAGAGUUUUGUGCAAUCUUCUAGUUUGUAUGAUCUUCAAAAAUCUCUUCCUAAAAUUCUCCGACAAGUGCUAAAAGGAUUAGCUGAUCUUCAUAGUGACCCACAUCCUAUUCUUCAUCGGGAUUUGAAGCCUUCUAAUGUUUUCCGAGACGCACAGGGCAAAUUUUUAAUAGCUGACUUUGGUAUGAGUCAAAUUUUGAAGAAUGAAUCUAGCACAUUAAAAAGUGGCACCAAAAUGGGCGCUGGGUAUUGGAUUGCUCCCGAAUCAUAUUGUAAAGAUUAA